CUGCCUUGUUUAUAUUAUUAUUUUUUUUGUCCCACGAGAACAAAAUCGUUAUUGGUUUUGUAAUUAUUUGUAAGACUAACAAAGAAAGCAUUAACAAAUAAGUCAACAUGGGGCGUCGCUCCAUAAAUACCACCAAAAGUGGUAAAUACAUGAAUCCUACGGAUCAGGCGCGCAAGGAGGCGCGUAAAAAGGAGCUGAAAAAGAAUAAAAGACAACGCCAAAUGGUACGGGCAGCAGUCCUUAAGAACAAGGAUCCCUCCCAGAUACUAGAGGAAAUGGAAAAGAUUGACGAGAUGGAAUACAAUGUAUUGCAGCCAUCGCCAUUGAAUGAGAAAGUGCUGCGUGAUAAACGAAAAAAGCUAAAGGAAACAUUUGAUCGUGUAAUGCGACUCUAUCAUAAUGACGAGCCCGAGCACUGGGCAGAACUGAAGCGUAAGGAGGUGGAAUAUGAGAAGAAACGUCUGAAGAAACAACAAUAUUACGAAAGUGUCAAGCAUGCCCAGAGCGUUCAGAUUGAUGAGAUUCCCUUGCCGGCACCAGUUACGCCGGGAACUUCCGGGCCCAGUAGUGGAGGUGGUGUUGGUAUUAAUGCUGGUACGACUGCUCCAGGAUUUGCAGCGCCAGGCGGCAUAGGUGGUGCAACUGGCAUACGGCUUCCACCGCCACCAAUGACUAUGGCCUUGCCACCAUUUGCUCCGGGUGCUCCGCCAGGCGUAACAGCGAAGAAUUUAGAAGCAGCUGCUGCUGCUGCUGCUGCCGCCGGUGGUGGCAUUGGCGGUGUUGGUGGUGGUACAUCUGAAAGUCAACACUCUUCGGAUAAGUCCAAGGAUGAUGAUGACAAAGAUUGGCGUGGUGUACCUCCAGGACCCCCGCCAGAUCUGUUUGCCAUGUCCGAAUUAGAUUCAGAUGCCGAGGGUAAUACAGAUUAUGAGCCCGAUGAGGAGGAAUUGGCGCAAAAGAAAAAAGAGGAGACCGAGCCAAUUGGUCAGAAUAUUGAUGAGUUCAUGAAGGAAAUGGAGCAUGUGCACAAGCGCAAGCAUCGCAAGCUCCAAAAAGAGCAACAAGAGAAGUCGGACGAAAAGAAAAAGGACCAUAAAGGCGGCAGCGGGACGGACUCCAAGUCAAAUUCGGCAAGUGAUAGCGAUGACGAUUACGAUGAUGAUGAUGACGAUGAUGGGACAAAUGCUAACGAUGAUGACGCCCAUGAUAAUAAUCAUGAUGCAGAUGUGGAUAUGCCAGAGGCCAAGUCUCAGUCGUCGUCGUCUUCGUCCAGCAAAGCAAUGCCAUCAUUACCAGCCGCCCAUCAGCUAACUGCACCAUCAGUGCUACCACCACCAACAGCACCACCCGCACUGCCAGCCAUACCGCUGCCUCCCGUUAAUACGGUCACAACAACAACCACUGUACCAGCUCCACCGCAGAUAUCACAAUUGCCGCCGCAAUUGCAUAAUAUAGCGCCACCGCCGCCGGGUAUUAUGUACCGUCCACCGCCCAUGCGGCCGCCACAUCAUGGUCCUGGUUCUGGUUUUGGUUUGCGAAUGCCCCGCGGUCCCCCUCCUGGUUCGCGACCGCCUCAUGCGCUCGGUCCCAUGCCACGUAUGGGCAUAAGAAUGCCACCAGGGCCACCACCAGGAUUGCCGCCACGAAUGGCUCAUCAUAAUAAACAAGGCGGUGGUGGACCUGGUGGACCAGGAGGAGGUCCAAUAGCUCCAAAAGAUUCUGCUAAAGGCGUUACCACUAUUACAGCGAAACCGCAAAUCAGGAAUCUAAGUGCCGAUGUCACGCGCUUUGUGCCGUCCACAUUGCGUGUUAAACGCGACGAUCAACGUCAUCGGACAUCCAGGCCAAAGCAUGCGGCUGGCGGUGGCCCUGAUCAUCAUGGCCAUAAUCCAAAUGAGGCACAUAGCAAACCACCCACCAAGGAUGAUGCCUACCUGCAGUUUAUGAAUGAAAUGCAGGGUCUGCUGUAGCCAAAAAGGAUAAUGUACCUUAGAUUAGUUUAGAUUUAAUCCCCCUUCCCUCCCCACUACCAUCACUCUUGCUCCCCACUACCAUCACUCUUCCUCCCCCCUGAUAAGAAUAAAAGUAAAAAUGAAUUUUAGUUUGGAAUCCCCUAAUAGGGCUUACGCUUAGAAACAAAUACAAGCUACAAGAUUUUUCUCAGAA